UAGAUAUUGGUUGCACAACACCUAUAAUUCUCUGCGGUUUACCGGAUGGAACUGCCGGUUUACCGCGAUUUACCGCGGUUUACCCGAAGAAACCGCCGGUAAACCGCGGUUUAACCGCAGAAACCGCCGGUUAA